ACUCGUGCCUGGUGGACAGGCGAUGUUGUGAACACUGCGGUACCGGUAGUCUACUGUGACAGAUUGCGCACACGUACCACUUCGUUUUGGCUUUCGUGCCCAUAUAUUUGAACAUACCUGUCUUGUUUCUAAAGUUGAGUAAACCAAAUUGUUGUAAGUUAAUGACAUUUAGUCUAUACGGAUCAGUUUCAAAAUUCCUUUAUCAUUUUAUGAUAAAACAUGAUAAAAAACUGAGCUCAUGAUAUUCAGACAAGAGGCUUGCGAACGUAUUAGUAUAGGGAUAUAAGUAAUGUGAUAUCGUCCAGUAAACUAAUUGAUACCAUGAAGUUAGGUAAAACGUUGAACAAUACAAUAUAUAUAUAGUUGUAAGAUUAGGAUAUCAAUCAUACGAGCCAAUUUCUUUGUGGUAUUUAUGUAGCCUAGCUAUAGUUUCAUUCGGUCUUUCUCAUACCAUGAUAUAUCCGAUGUCAUGAAUUCAAAUAAAAUUUCAUAUUACAAUGGAGAACGUGUUCACAAUAACGAACGUGAUAUCUUGCCUCUUUUCAUGGAGAACAAUAUAAUAUAGAGUUUAUUUUAACAUUUGCCCCACAUAUAUUUUGUCAGCGUCGAUGGCUGAACUGGUAGAAAUGACAAGGCAGAAACUACGGGGAAGCUAAUUUAAUAUUUGUUUGUACGAACUAAUAGAGAAAAGAGAGCUCAAUUAUGCAGAGGCCUACUUGCUCCUCACAGUUUAAACUCCGCAACUUCGGAUUUUAUACGUCAGAAAGUGAGAACGACUUGUUUUAUAGAUCUGAGUGGAACCCGAGUAGAAGAAUAUUUUUGGUCUACCGUGUCGUCGCGUGGGCCUACCAAUUGGGCUGGUGGAUGGCGUACCACAUUUAUUUUGGUAUAUAUGAGCCAACGACGCUAACGACAACCUAUCUGUUUCUUACUACGUGGGCAUUUACCUUCAGUACAAUAUAUUUCACUUUAGCUCUAGCACUCGCCAUGGUUGGAGUGACUGACCAAAAAGACGGAACAACUAUUAAAAAACAAUCAACAAAAGCUCUACGAGAUUCUAUGUGGGUCUUCCAUUCGGUGAUGCAAACUUUUAAUGUUAUUGUCACCGUUUUGUAUUGGGCCGCCUUUCGAAGUAAUCCUCCUAUUGCAUUUAGUUACCAUACUCAUGGCAUAAACGUAGUAUUAAGUGUGAUUGAUGUAUUUGUAGUAGCUUUCCCUAUGCGUCUUUUCCACGUAGUUUAUCCAUUUACUUUUUCUGUCGCCUACUUUACGGCAACGUUGAUUUUUCAUUUCGCUGGAGUUACAUCAGCUGUUUAUGCUCUUAUCGAUUGGGCAAAUCACCCCGGCUUAGCUGCUGGUAUAGGGGUUGCUGGAUGUACGUUAGGAUGCAUUAUCGGCCAUUCAUUCUUUUUUGGAAUGUACUCACUACGGUUAAUAUUGUCGGGGAAGUCAUCCAGUGUCGUCCGUCCCUCUCCCGUAGAAUAAAUAUCGGAAAACAGACCAGAAUAAGAAAAAAAAGUAGGAAUGAAAAUUUUGGGUCAAUAGUUUUUCCUUUUCCAUUAUAUACAUAUACUUCAAAGCGUUUUAUGAAUGCUCAGUUAGAUUAAUUAUAAUGUAGGUGUGUAAUGAUACAAGGUUUUGUUUCAAUUGCCUUUUAAAAUCUCCAUUUUUCUCAUUUUAGUUUCCCUUCUAUACGUGUGUAUUUUAAGAUUGUCUCUAUAUUUUAAGUAUGAAAUUGCGGUUUUGGGAUAUAUUUAGCGGUUCAACUACAAAGAGUAGCACGUAAAAAUAUAAUAAAUAAAUUUCAUUAAUUACAGAGAAUAAGAAUGUUUUGCAAUAAACUAUUCAGGUUGAAAUAUACUGUAUAUAUAUAAAUAUAUUUAUUGAUAUUUGAAUUAACAAGAAAGUUAUGCUCAAAUAUA